AUGCGUAGAGAAGGUGAAGGUGAGGGAGAGAAUGUGCCUCAACUAACUGCAAGUUCGAGCAGGAGAAGGGUGAGAACGAGAGCGAGACCAGACCCUUUCUUGUCACUGUGCAGAUGCUUUAGCUUUGUCGUCGUUCUCUCUGCCAUUUUCUGCAUCGCCGUCAACGUCCUCUCUGCAAUUCGCUCCUUCAAAAACCAAUCCGAUAUUUUCGAUGGCAUAUUUCGGUGUUACGCCGUUUUCAUAACGUGCUUCGUGGUUCUGGCUGAGACGGAAUGGAAUUUCAUCAUCAAGUUCUGGAAGGUUAUGGAGUAUUGGGUUGCCAGGGGUAUCCUGCACAUUUUUGUUGCAGUCAUGACUAGGGCCUUCCCUGACUACAGCGGGGAACGAAAAGAGCUUGUAGUUCUUCAGAGCAUAGCGUGCUAUAUGCUUCUUACUUGUGGCGUAAUUUACGUUGUGUCGGGAGUCCUUUGCAUUGGUUUUCUGAAACGUUCUCGCCUGAAGCAAGAGAUAUCCAGAGAGCAAGCAGCAAAGGAUAUUGAGGAGUUGGAACGGCGUAGAGAAGAACUUGAACAACUGCUUAUAACAGAAUAG